AUGCAACAAGAGACAUCAAAUAAUGCGCCAGUUGUAGAGGUAGAUUUCGCACAACAUCCAACCGCACUAAAACUCCUUCAACGAUGUCAAGACUUCCUCGCUGUAGUAGAAAACCUAACGCCAGGAAAGCACCUCGAAGCCUACCUCAACACAAACUACGGGCCUGGCCACCCUAUCUAUGAGGACCUAGGCUCACUGACGCGGCAGGAAGCGACGCGCUUCUUCAGCAUUACAGCCGUUUAUGUAGACUCGCGAGAGGAGUUCUCGGGCCAGCAUCACUCACAUCCUUAUGGUGAGAUCAACUGUGUGCAGGGCGCGGGGUGGACUAGUCCGGUCCCGGGGACGCAUCACUAUCCGCAGUUUCGCGGCGGCCGUCUUGUCUCGCUUUUCUUCCUCCCUGCGGGCAGAAUUAGCUACGUAGCGAACCCGGACGAUCCUCAACCGGCUUCUCUAUAG